AUGCCUCCUACAAAGCCGAAAGGCGGCAAGAUGAUGUCGCUCAUCAAUUACAGGCUUCGCAUUACCCUCAACGACUCGCGCCAAAUUGUCGGUCAGCUGCUCGCGUUCGACGCUCACAUGAACCUCGUUCUCGCCGACUCACAGGAAUAUCGAAAGGUGAAAUCGAGGAAAGCAAAGGCUCGAGCAGCUGCGGCGUCCAAGUCAGCAAAGUCGGGCGUUCAAGAUGAGGAUGAGGACGACGAUGAUGCGGCUGCAGCGUCAGGUGCUCCUGAUGCUGUCUUGGAGCAAAAGCGAACGCUCGGAUUAUUGAUUCUCCGAGGAGAGAACAUUGUCAGUAUGGCCAUCGAGGCGCCUCCACCGACUGACGACAGGAAACAAGCGACUAUGCAACCCGGCCCAGGCAAAGGCGCUCCUAUGGGCCGUGGAAUGGGCCUCGCAGUGCCCCCUAUGGCUGGUGUUGCACCUCCAAUGAUGGCUCGACCGAUGCCGUACGCGAGACCACCUCCCGGUAUGCCCGGUAUGCCGAGUAUGCCUGGUAUGCCUGGUAUGCCUGGUAUGCCUGUCGCUCCUCCCGGAAUGCCAGUGGGCCCUCCGCCGGGUUUCCGCCCGCCUGGCUUCCCAGGUAUGCCUGGCGGUCCUCCUCCUGGCUUCCCCGUGCCUCCACCAGGAGCGUUUCCUCCUCGUCCACCUCCUGGAUUUGGCAUGCCGCCUCGGCCACAAUGA